AUGUCGAAUCCUGAUUUACAAGAUAUCCAUGACUUCCUCGUCUCGCUUGCCUACAAGGCCGGCGAGAUUAUCAACAAUGCCUUGCCUGAUACCAGUGGGCCUGGUUCGAAGAAGAAUACUGCCGAUCUAGUCACCGAGUAUGAUCGCGCCGUAGAGAACAUGAUAUCGACCUCAUUGAAGGAGAGGUACCCUGACUACCAAUUUCACGGCGAAGAAACCUACUCCCCCGACUCACCCCUCACCGACGCCCCAACUUUCGUCGUUGACCCCAUCGACGGCACCGUCAACUUCGUCCACAGCUUCCCCUACGCCUGCGUCUCCCUCGGCUUCGCCAUCAAUCGCAUUCCCGCCGUCGGCGUGGUCUUCAACCCUUCCACAAAUACCCUCUGGUCCGCAAUUCGCGGCCAGGGAGCGUUCCGCAACAAGGAGACGCCUCUACCUCUCAAGAGUAAAGGCAACCUCGAGAGCGUGGAGCCGCUGUCGGGACUUUCGAAUGCCCUGGUGGCGAUUGAAUGGGGUUCAGAUCGAAGUGGACCGAACUGGGAAACUAAGGUGAGGACGUUUGAGAAAUUGGGCAAGGCGAAGGAGGAGGGGGGUGCGAUGGUGCGAUCGUUCAGGAGUUUAGGGUCGGCGGCGUUGAACCUGUGUGCGGUUGCCGAGGGGACGAUGGAUGUUUAUUGGGAGGGGGGUUGUUGGGAGUGGGAUGUGUGUGCGGCGUGGGUGAUUCUGACGGAGGCGGGCGGGAUGAUGGUGGAUGGGAAUCCGGGAGAUGGGAUGGAGGUUGGGCAAGGGUGGGAGACGACGUUGGAUGGGAGAAAGUAUUUGGCGAUCCGGGGAGCAUCGAGGGAGAGCCAGAGGGAGAUUGUGAAGGAGUUUUGGAGCUUCAUUCAGGGUCGAUUGGAGUAUUAA